AUGUACCUUGCGGGCGUCAUUCCGGGUCCGACCAAACCUUCCACGGAGCAGAUCAACCACUUCCUGGCGAUCCUUGUGGACGAGCUCUUGCAGUUCUGGAAUCCAGGCGUCAGCUACUCGCGCACCGCCAAGGUUCCGUAUGGGCGUCUCGUCCGUGCGGCUCUCAUUCCCCUCGUCUGCGAUCUCCCAGCCGCUAGACAGAUGGCAGGGCUAGGUGCUCACAACCACUCCCAAGUUCUGUGUAGCUGCUGUCACAUCAAACCAGAAGACAUUGAAAACACCGAUCGUUCCGCCUUCGGCCUUCGUAGUACGAAAGCCCAUCGCGCCGCGGCAUCAGCCUGGCUCAACGCACAAUCCUCUCUCGAUCGCGAACAGAUGUUCCGUAGCAAUGGUAUACGCUACUCCGAGCUGCUUCGCCUUCCAUAUUGGAACCCUGUGGCGUACGUCGUUGUGGAUUCAAUGCACGACCUCUACCUCGGCAUUCUACAGCGCCAUAUCCGCGAUUUCUGGGCAAUCAGCUCCCCCCGCCCCUCCGGCGAAAUGAUGGAGUUUGGCCUUGAUCAAUUGCUCCACGGCACCGAAAGAGACCUUCGGGAGUGUGGUAAAGGUGUCUUGUAUCAUCUGUGCUCGGAUAGAGGUAUCAGACGUGCAGGGACGGUGUCCAUCCUUCUGAAGAAUCUCGGACGAUGGCGACAGAAGGAAGGCUUGCCCAAGCCUCGUCCCGCUGGAUCUACGCCGUUGGCCUUCCCCGAGUCCUCUAGCAGAACUAUGCGGCGCACUCGCGCCAGAGUUGUUAGCAAAGAGGAGCUCGAUACGGCAGAACUCUUGCUAAGCACCACCGCCUCGUGCAACUCUUUCGCAAAAAAGACGAAUGUAGACGUCUUGAUAGCGAUGUGCGCCUCACGGAAGCUGGACACCGGCGGAAAGAAACGCGGUGCAGAGCACACGAAUGUUUCGGAAACUGUCGGCCAAACCGCAACAGCCCGUGGAAGUAUACCAGAUCUGAUAGUGGACGCACCGCAAGCCGACGACGCACAGAUGGCAGGGGCAGGAGUAGAAGAGGACGGCCGACAGCUAGCUCACGCGCUCUUCUGGAAGGACAGCGACGGAGACGAGCAACCUUUACCAGGAACUGCCGCACUCGGACGAGAGACAAUGCGAGAAUAUGUCAAUGAUAGGCAACGCAUCGAGCUCCCCCGAUGGGUGAACCCCGCUCCGGUCGCCUUCGGCACCUCGAAGCAUGGGAAGCUUAGCGCCGAUCAGUGGCGAACGGUCGCCAUCAUCCAUCUUCCGAUCACACUCAUCCGCACCUGGGGUACUGAAUCUGGCCGCCGUCUUGAUAUGCUGAAGAACUUCUUGCACGUGGUGGACGCGAUAGAAACGCUAGGGCUUCUCGAGAUCGAUGAAGAGAGGAUUGCACAUGCACACGCACAGCUGGUGAAAUACCUCGAAGGCGUGAAGGAACUGUACAAGGGUGCCAAGUUACAACCUACCCACCAUCUCGCUCUUCAUCUCGAGCUCUUCCUCCGCUUCUUCGGACCCGUACACUCAUGGCGUUCAUUCGCAUUCGAGCGCAUCAACUUCUUGUUACAGUCUAUCAACAGCAACUCGAAAUUCGGGGAGUUGGAGAUGACGAUGAUGAUGACGAGCUGUCGCUCGGCGAACCUCCGCCCUCUCUUGAAUGCGCCAGUUGUGCGCUUAGCUAUGCCCAUCUUCGUACACGAGUUGGAACGCCUCUCUACGGAGGAACGUCGCGGAAUGCGCCUCGAUGAGGUCAAACGGCUAGUUCCAGACCUAUUGCCACGACAAGAACAGAAGAAGGCCAAGGAAGUGCGAUUGGACGCAGCCACGCUUUCUGGGCUCGCCUAUAGGCUCAACCACGAAGCUCCUGCUCCUGCCUUGGCUGCCGAGGGGAACUCUGCCCGGCCCCGGUUGACGAACCUCUCCCCUAAGGCACAAGUUGUGCCUAAACUCGACGUACGUGGCGUUUUCUACAAGCCCUGGAAGACGGCUCUGGGCGACAGCAAUGUCAUCUUCCACCAUCCGUACACAAGCAGCCAAUCUGCCGGUCGCAUCGAGCAGAUAUUCCUGUACCGGCGACGAUCAAGCGACGGAACCACGUUGGAGGAAACAUUCCUCGCCGUGAAGCAACUCAUGGAGCUGGACGAAGCCGACGCCGUACACGACCCGUAUCGCCGGUUCGGCCGUGUCGGAGGAAGGCUCUGCUCUGCGGAGUACCGCCCUGAGGUACUGAUACUACGGCCAGAAGAUGUUACCUGCCAUUUCGCCAAGACCACCAUGGAGGACAUGAAUCUCUGCCGCUCAUCCCCGGGCGAAGGGAUGAAGAAGCUACAGCAAACUUACAUUCACGUCCGCCCCCUCGAUCGAGUGAGUAAAUCCUACAUUUGUGUUUGGACGCGUAUGUAUAACGCCGCACUUUACAUCAGCUAUUGA